AUGGGGGACAUGCUGAAACUCCCUGCACAUCGACUCAGCGCCGCCGCGGCGACCGGCCCGGGAGCGGUUUCAGUCUCAGAUAAAGCCUCCCCUGGUUGUACCGUGUCGCCAUCUUCCGUGUUGUGCCCCGCGGGAUUCGCCGUUACGGACGGCCGCGAAGGUGGCGCCUUCGUUCUGAACGGCCACGCUUAUAUCACGGACACGGACCAGGGGAGCGCCGCGCUCGUCCUGGGCGCGCCGGACAGUGAGGGGGGAUCCGCGGAUUCCGCGGGAUCCGCUGGUUCCGCUGGUUUCGCGGGCACUGAGGGGGGAUUCGCGGGUUCCGCAUUCACUUCCGCCGCGCUCUCGCCCCCGCUCGGCAGCGGUGGAGGCUCGGCACUGUCCUUUUCGGCGCGCUUCACGUUCCAGCUGGAGGGGCAGAACGAGGCUGACGUGGCAAUGGGGCUUGCUUUCGUCAUCACUGGCGGACCCAACACCACCGUGGGCUCGCCCAGCCUUGCCGGCUACGGCGGCGCCGCCUUCGAUGCCAGCCUGGCAGUGGUGCUGAGCGGCCGCCCGCCCAUCUCUGCCGGCGUGCUGCUGGGCGGCAAGGCGGACGGCACUGCCGGAUGGGCGGCUCUCAACCCUUCGUCGCCUGACGCACCCCAUCUCCUAGUCCCGGGGGUGCAGCAGCACGCCUGGGUGGACUACGACGCUUCACUCGCCUCUCUCCGCCUCUUCCUCAGCGGCUCCUCCCCCACCAAGCCUGCAGCUCCGGUCGGGCCCGGACCGAACUUCCCCAUCUGGCUCGACACCACCACCAAUGCUGCCGGCUGCGCCUUCUCCAUCCCGAGCCUCAGCCUCAGCCUCGGCAGUGGGCCGGUGGCGUUUGAGGCGGAGUUUUCAGUGUCGUUUGCGGCGAGUGCGGAUUACAACAGCUGGGGCAGUCGAGGGCUGGCGUUUGUGCUCACUGCCGGGGACAAGACCGCCUGCGGCCGCAGCUCCGCCAGCAAUAUUGGCUACGGAUCAGCCCUCAACGCGUCCUUUGCUAGGAGCAUAGCGGUGGAGUUGAGGGCGCGGCCGACGGCGUGUGUGGCGGUGGUGGUGGGCGGGCAGGUGGCCGGCGACAACUGUGCCGACUCCGAUGCCAUGGCGCUGCUGCCGCCCGAACAGGAAUUCACUUUAAACGAGCCGCAGCAUGUGUGGGUGAGUUACGAUGGCAGCAGCGGCGCGCUGCAGGUGUUUGUGUCCCCCGACGCCCCCACCAAGCCCACCGCACCUGUGUUGGUCACGCCCAUUGAUGUGGCGGCCGUGCUGGGCGGCACGGCGGGGCUGUCAGUUGGCUUCACAGGCGCGUCGUGGUGGACGUGGGUGGACGACCUUGAAGACCACAUCAUCCACUCCUUGUCUUUUCAAGCUGUUCCCCCCGGGUCGCAGCAGUCACUGCCGCCCUCCCCUGCGCCCACCACGUGCCAUCUCGCCCCCUCCAACACGCGUCUCACCUGCUCGGGCUUUGCGGGCCGCUCAGCCUUCCGCCUCAACGGCUACGCCCACUCGAAUCUAUUUCUUAAAGCUGUUGAUGAUGUCACAUGCCUUCUCAACCCCACUCUCCAUCCACAUGCCUUCUCAACCCCACUCUCCAUCCACAUGCCUUCUCAACCCCACUCUGCAUCCACAUGCCUUCUCAACCCCACUCUGCAUCCACAUGCCUUCUCAACCCCACUCUCCAUCCACAUGCCUUCUCAACCCCACUCUGCAUCCACGUCCUCUCCUCCCACCAGAGCCAUGGGGUAUGGGGGAGCGGCACCAGGGGCGUUCAACGGGAGUGUGGCAGUGGAGGUGCGGUCGGGGCCCACCUCGUGUGUGGCUGUGGUGGUGAACGGCGUCGCUUCAGGCGACAACUGCGCUGCUGCUGACCAGAUGACUGGGCUCACAGGCGAUCAGAAGAUAGCACUUGACGAGGUGCAGCACGCGUGGCUGGCAUACGACGGCACAUCCCAGUCUCUCGAGGUCUAUCUGGGCGGCAGCGACGGCAUAAAGCCCGAGGAGCCGGUGCUGCGGGCGUCGCUGGAUCUUGUGGCUAUCAUUGGCGCCACGUCAGCGUCUGUGGGGUUCACAGCUGGCACGUGGUGGUGGGGAUGUGGCGACACGGACGACCACCACCUUAUCCACUCCUUCUCCUUCAACACUGUCUCCCCUGGCUUCCUGCCAGCAGCGCAGCCCACACAGGCACCCACCUGCGAAACCACCGCCUCCUCCCUGCACUGCGUGGGUUUCGCGGGCACCACCCCCUUUGAUCUCAACGGCUACGCCCAGCUGGGCCCGGCGCCGCUCUUUCCGCUGUGGCUCGACUCGUACGAUUCUGUCGGCUCUGCUCUCUCCCUCACGCCCCUCUCCCUCCUCACUGCCUCCGCCCGCUCCACCGCCUUUGAAGCCGCCUUCUCCUUCACCUUCCUCGCUGAUGCAUGCGCUGCUAAUGUGAGCGUGGGUCGCGGCUUUGCCUUUGUGGUCACCAGUGGCCCAGCAACAGCCCUUGGGAAGGCAAACGCGAGCUCCCUCGGGUAUGGCUCAGCCAAUGGGACAUUCGCCAGGAGUGUGGCAGUGGAGUUUCGCCUGUGCUCCGUACCCUGUAUAGCCGUCUCCUCUAAGGGAGUCGUGGCGGGAGACGGCUGUGCUGGAGCUGAGUAUGGCGUGACACUUUCAGAUCCUGAGGCGUUUCCCCUCAACACCCAGCAGCGUGCUUGGGUGACUUAUCACGGGCCUUCCCAGACGCUCAGUGUGUUCGUCGGUGGAGCGUCCUCCGCCUCCUCUGCUUCCUCUGCUUCAUCCACUUCGUCCACUUCCUCUGAUUCAUCAUCAUCGGCUUCCUCGAAUUUCGAGACGUCUCAAAACUUUGCCACGUCUGCCACUUCUUCUGAUUCAUCAUCAGCUUCAUCAGCUUUCUCCACUUCCUCCAUGUCACCGCCGGUCAAGCCAGCUGUACCAGUGCUCACUGCCCACGUGGACAUCCCAGCCAUCCUCGGCGCCACGUCAGCGUCUGUCGGCUUCACAGCUGGCACGUGGUGGUGGCAGUGGGGCGCGAACGAGCGCCACAUCAUUCAUGACCUGGCGUUUGUGGGAGGAGCCUUCUUUGAGACUUCCAAGGUGACUGCGGAGCUCACAGCCCGGUUCGACCCAGCGAAUCAGACGGAGGUCGCUGCUUACACCCUACUCUUCACUGCACAAGGCGGCAACAGCAGCAGCAGCAGCGUGCCUUCAGGGGCUCCGAGGGCGCCUGCCUUGCGACAUCAAAUCAUUGCCUCACACCCCGCUGUGCAAGCACACGUGCACGUGUCAAACAUGGAGGAUCGUCCCAUGUCUGACGUGGCAGUCUCGGCGCGCAUCACCUACCCCAACGGCACCGACGCCUCCAGCUGCUUCGUCUUCAGCGACCCGCUGCUGCAGGGGAUUGAGGACGUCAGCGGUGCAGGUACCGUCCCGUCAAAUGCUUCCGCCAGCAUCGAUUGGCUUUUACUGCCGCUUGACUGUGCCGCCCAGGCUGCCCCCACCAACUUCCAUCUGGGCGGCAGUCUACAGUACACACUGCAAGACACGUCAGCAUCUUCGGUCGACAUUCACAACCUCGUGCACGUCGUCUAUCUGUCUGACGCAGCCUCAGAUGACGGCUUGCCGGAUCUCCUGGUGGACGAUGAUGGGGACGAGCAGCCGGAGGCCAUCUACAGCAGCUCUGGUAACCGCGUGCUGCCCGUAACCACCGUGCCCACUGCCGCUCUCACGCUCGGCCGCCCGCUCUUCACCAGUGAAACCCGCGCCAAGCUCACUGUGGCUGUGGACUGGUCUGCCCUCGCACCAGCGGCAGCAGCAGCAGGCGGGUGGGCGCACAUGUCAUUUGCAUCACAGCUGCCGUCGCACUGCUGGAAUCUUACCGCUGCUCUCCGAUCCAACAGCUCUCAGCUGCCUGUUCCCUUCAACGCCUGGUCCUCCUUUUCCUCAUCUCCUGCUGUUCCCACUGGCACAGCUGCUGCCCCUGCCCCUUCAACCGCCUCUGCUGCUGCUGGCACUGCUACUGGUCCCUCUUCCACUGACACCUCUUCCACUGACACCUCUUCCACUGACACCUCUUCCACUGACACCACUCACAUUCUUGACUUUGUCUCCUCUCCUUCUUACACUCUCUUCUUCUCCUACUUCGAUCAGACCCUCUCCUUCCCCCAACUCUCCCCAUGCUUCCAGGCUGUCAUGCCUCCCCCUCCCUCCCCCCCCAACCCUCCCCCUUCCCCUCCCCCUCGCCCGCCCCCCCGCCCCCCUCCAAGCCCCCCAAGGCCUCCUCCGAACCCCUCUCCCCCCCCCCCGUCCCCCUCCAAGGCCCCCCAGGCCCCCAUCUCCCCCACCCCGACCUCCCCCGAAUCCCCCCAAGCCCCCCCCUCCGCCUUCCCCUCCCCCCCCCCCCCCCUCGCCCUCCUUCCCCCCCUCCCAAAACCUCAACUUCCAAUAAGCCCCCUCCCUCCCCUCCCCCUAAACCUUCCCCCUCCCCUCCCCCUAGGCCUUCCCCCUCCCCUCCCCUUAGACCACCCCCAAGUCCCCCACCACCGAAACCACUCAUUAGCCCUCCCCCUCCCAAACCUCCUGCCUCUCCUCCCCCCAAACCUCCUCCCUCUCCUCCCCCCAAACCUCCUCCCUCCCCUCCUCCCAGUCCCCCGCCUAGAAAGCCCAGCCCCCCGCCGAGAAAGCCCAGCCCCCCACCGCCAAAACCCCCUCCUCCCAGGCCCCCACCACCCAAGCGCAGGUACCCACCACCCCCAAGAAGGCGAUGGCGCUUCUCCUUUCUCGGAUGAGCCCGAAUCAACUGGCUGA